GACACAUCCGCUGAUCCACAUGCCAUGAUUGCUAGUGGAGCUCUGUUCCAACGUCCAAACCAUGCAUAAAACCGCGGGCACACGGGCCGUUUGGGCAUCUCAACUGACAGUAGCUGGGCAUUGCUAGGUGAAAUAUGGCCGUUCGCAGAGGAGACUUGGACCUCACUAGCAAAUCAGAAAGAUCCGUGAGUGGAAGUUGGAACCUCCGAGUUCGCAUGCAACGAUAAAUGCAGCCCUGGGAGCGGACGAGUUCGUGCACCCAGACUUCACGUACACCUAUCGGAUACGGGUAGUCGAGAUGGCCUCGGCGAGGGCGAGGGCGACGGCGAGGGCGAGGCUGAUCGGGUCCCCGAGCCUGCACUUCGCCGCGAUGGCCACCGGCGGCUUCUCCCUUCAUAGCGCCGGGAAGCAGAAGCAGCCGAAUCCGCCGGACUGCAGACUGACAAAUCACUGUGAGGGACAACGAGGAGUCGUCCACGCCGUCGGGAUGAACUCGGAACCGAGCGAGCUCCCUGAACCUACCAUGGAGAACUCGGAACCGAGCGAGCUCCCUGAACCUACCAUGGAGAACUCGGAACCGAGCGGCCUCCCUGAACCUACCAUGGAGGAGACUGCCUUGGGAGCUGGCCUUGGCAGUGUGAUCCGAUCGGGAACGUGA